CUUGGUCAUGUAAUGGCUUUUAUGGCCCCUGUCCUUGUCCUGUCGUGCCAGCCCUGCCCUUUUUAGUCUCCAUGCUCUCCAUGCACAUCGUUGUCGAUCUCUUAUGAAUCUUUUGAGCUGACCUGGCUUAUCCUUCUCUUUGGGGCUCAUCCUCACCUGCCUGCGACAGACUUUCGUAUGUGCCUGCGCUCGCUCAUCCUUUCGCUCACAACAACACCGAGUUCCUUUGGCCUCUCGUUGUCUCGUGUGUUGCUCACAUUCGCUUCCCAGUCUCAACCACUAUCGUUCGGCUUAGCCCUCGCCCAGAUAAUGCUAAUUUGGACUCGACCAAUUCCUCAGCCCUUCGCCUCAACUCACACGAGUAGCGUCCGAUCAGGCUCUGCAUAUUUGGUCCUCGCUUGGUAUAGUCCUUGAGGAAGAGGAGGACUUUGGAAGUUCUGUGCAAGAGUUGGAUACUUCAUAUCGGCUCGAUAUCCCUCACACCGUUGACUCGGUCCUGAUGGACUCUCCCACCGAACGCAUGCCAAUUGCCUGCGUUCACUGUGCAAAGGCCAAAGCAAAAUGUGAUAAAAAGGUCCCUUGCUCAAGAUGUGUGAGCAAACAGAUUGUGUGCCAGUCUCGGGCUACUCGAAGGUCAUCACAUAUCCCUCGCCGGACCAACCCCCCUCCACCUCUCACGAGACCUCAUUCAGAGCGUGCUUUACACAGCUCGGCCUCAUUCCAGGUUGCUCAACUCUCUCCCUUUUCUGCCCCGCCCCAUAUCCCGGGGAUUAAUGGGAUAUCGCCUCAUGCAUUGAGUCCCAACACUGUACCACCACACCGCUUAAGUCUUCCAGACAAUGCCCACCCUGUAUCAAUUGCACCCGCCAUGUUUGGGACCGACAUGGAUCCCCAGAUGCUGCGAAAUGGGUUCACCCAGACGCCUCCCGACAUGACUAUCCCAAUCACACCGAUGAUGCCAAACAUGCCUCAAAUGGACAACUUCAUCCAUAUGCAUGGAAAUCCAUACGACCAAGACGGCGACAACCACUUCCUAGCUAUGGGCAACGCUCAGGCGGGCAUGAUGGAUUUUGAUACCACCAAUGUUUUCGCAGAUUUCAUGUCCCCCCCUUCCGGAAUGUUGCACGAUCCAACUGACUCGUUCCUGAUGAAUGGCAAGCUGGGCACGCAUUCACCCAAUCACAUGACACUCCCCAUGCAGAUGCAUGACGGAAGUACUCCGUUGGCCAUGCGGCUGGAUGUGGAAAGUCCUCAAAAUCAGCCGCUUCGGGCUCCGGUUGGACUCUCUCCAUCGAGUUCAUCGACAACAAGUGGUUUGCAGGAGCCUGACGCAGUGUUGGCGGCACAUCAUGCAUGGCCCUUUUUCCAGUGUAAUCGCGUAGAGAAGUAUUCAUUCGCCCCUCCAAAAACCGCUGCCAUCUACCUGGAAGGUCUUGCUCAGACUCUUCGAAGUCAGGGAACAUGGACGGCAUGGACGGCACAGCUUGACGAGUCUUCACUGGAUAUAUCGACAGAGAGGAAGAUCGGAACGGAACCUAUCGUCGGCUGGUCGAGAGAAAAGCUGCUCGCUAUUACACAAGGAUUUCUUCACAAAGCACUGGACAUCCACAAAGCCAACCAUGCUGCUCGAGAGGAAACACCCUCCAGUCCUGAUUCCAGUCGAGAUGCCUUUUUGAUGCUACCGCCGCCGGAUGUCAUGCAGUACUUUUUGAGAAGUUAUGUGGUUCGAUAUGAACCCUAUUACUCCUCGGUACCUGCAGGACGAUUGGAUCCCAACAGUCUUAUGCAAUCGAACAACAGCAAAGCCGCGAGUUUGCUGAUAUUGCUCAUGGUCGCUUCCGGGGCUUCCGCCACAGCCACAGUCGAAGCCAGAUACGUCGCAAGUGGGCUUACUGAAGCUUGUAGAAUAUCUCUCUUUGACACGAUUGAAAAAGAUGUCCUCCAGUCUCGAGAAGUCCUGGUGCUUCGAUCUGCCUUGCUCUUCACCUGCCUUGCUGCUUGGUCUGGGGACAAGUGGCACAUGGAUAUGGCCAUGGGUCAGCGUGGAAUGUAUUUGGCAAUGCUUGCUCACUCAGGAAUGCUCGAUGCUGAUGAUUCGUCUGUCGAUGUCAGCAAGUGUAAGCAAGAACCGGAGAAAGCAUGGGAAGAUUGGAAACAACGUGAAGCUAAGCGCCGACUUGCACAUUCGUGGGUCACCGUUGACCAAGAGAUGAGCCUCUUCUCGGACACGACUCCUCUAUUGUCGGUAGUGAAUCUUCAUGCACCCAUGCCCGACUCAGACGACCUGUGGCAUGCCGAGUCCGCCGUAAGCUGGCUUGGCCUUUUUGAAAAGGCCCAUGAUUCCACGUAUCGCACGUUUGCAUCACUGCGUGACUUUUUUACCAGUUUUGUCGAUGGCGAGUUAGCUGGCAAGGAGCUUUCUCCGACCCAGCUUCGUUUGCUAUUGCAUCCUCUUCAGGCUCAAGUAUGCCAGCUUCGCCAAUUCAUUGCUUGUCUGCCGGAUGGUGGCAGUCAUGCAAAAGCGUCACGGUCUAUCUCGAAAGCAGCGUCCAAGGCACGGUUGGAAGAGAUAUCUUCCCUGUUGCAGCACUGGUAUACCAUCAGCAAGCAAAGCUUCUCCGGCAAUAAGGGCACUUGCUGGACAACUUGCGCCAACCUCAUUAUGUAUCACCUAAUUUCUUUGAAUGCAAUAACCAGCUUCAAGGACAUUGAGCAGUUUGCGCGGCGCGAUGUCAGCCUUGGACCGUUCAGAUCCGCAUCUUGGCUGCAGAUGCGCUGCAUAGACCAACCUGAGGAAGCAUACUUCCAUUGCGGACAGAUUCUGCGCCUGAUCAGAUCGAUGCCACGCCCGGUCCGCCCACCUUGGUGGGCUGGUGCGGUGUACCGGGUCGCAUUGACGGGUUGGGCUACCAGCAUGUCGAGCGGUAGCGGACGCUUCUCGCCGACGCAGUCUCAUUCGGAGGCUGACAGACCGUUUGCCAUUGAUGAUCUCACACCGGAGAACGAAGCCAUCAGUCGAUACAUGAAAUACCAAGAAGGCACGCCGAUGUUGUCGAGGCCAGACGGGACGCUGGCUCCCAUUGAGGUUCCAUCAAAUGUUCUUCAGCAUUGUAUCGAAGUCCUGGACGACGACUCAUCGAUGCGGCUGGCUGACGGCAUCAAACGCAAACUCCGCAUCUUCAUGGCCAGCUGGAAGGACAACUAAGCAUGGUCCUCAGCAGCCAGCGUCGCCGGGCCGAUUUUUGCACCCUUUAGCGGUGUUGUACAAUCUGCCAGAUCUUACCUAAUUUCUUUUACUUAUGAAGCGAGAUGAGGGCGUGACGUUACCGCCUUGUAUAUACGACAGAUAUUUAUGUCCCUGAUGAAGUUGAUGACAGAAUCCGCGGGUGCGUUUGGAAUGCCGAAGAGCGUCAAGUUGGGUGAAGGGUACUAGUAAUCGAGGCAGGACGGACAUUGCAGGCUUGUCUCGGAGUUGACAUGGUGCUUCCUAUGCGGUGCGUUUGGUGGUAGCGACAGGCUGCCUCGUUCGCAAGGUAUAAGAUAUGGCGGUCGACUUCUUGUUGUCAGGUCCGAACGAAGCUUUUGGGGCGCUGGGAAUGUUCCAUAGCUCGCUCUGGUUUGCUCGUGAUCCACGGGUGCAGAUGAAUGUUCUAAGUCGGAGCUAUCAAUCGGGAGCGUAGUAAUUUGAGUGAAACCAUUUUUCUGAGA